AUCUAAGUAUCUCUCAUGAAACUAAAGAACAUAAUGUUGAAAAGAAAAGUUUCAUAAAAUAAAGGGGAAUAGAACAGUCGCCAAUGGGUCAUGGAUACCAAAUAUCUGUGUGCGUGACGACAUUAAUCAGACGAAGUUGAAUAAAUAUACACAGGAAGCGUGAAACUUUGUUUUAGAAACGCGGAAUAAAUCUUUAUGCAUAAUUUCAUUCCAUUAAAUGUCAUAUAUAGUUUUGUUCAAAACUGAAAACCGACAUUCAGACGAGACAAAAAUCGACUAUAAAUCGAUGUUCAAACUUCACGUUUUCUUUACCUACAGUAGGAAGGGAAAACAAACGAUGGAUAACAGAUAGCCUAGACAAAAAUUUGCACAAAACUCAUCAAAAUUCUUAGUAAUUGUUUAAAAUAUAAAAUUUACAAGUAUGUUCGGACGACAGAUUUUUUUGGAACCAGUAAACGAUCAACGCGAACAAAGAAGACGCAACGAGUACCUUCGACAACUUUUAGCAAAUCAAGAACAUGGACCACCAUUUACCGGAUUAAUAAGCAUUCCUUCAUUAAGGAACGAUGGACCGACGCUCGGUUUAAAUUUUAUCCUUGUCGAUGAUCCCGAUUGCAUGCAACCGAAUGAUUUAUGUUUUAGGGCACAUCGAACGUUAGUAUAAAAAUUGUGGUUUGUAACACUUUAUGUGGUUCAACCUGUAUAAUUCCCUUUGUAAUGUUCUUUAUAUUUUUACUAGAUCUCCUGUUUCCCCUUUCUAAAAUUCUUUCGAGAAUCCGUUCAAUUAUAAUUUUGUUGAACAGUAAAUUAUCAAUUAUGUUUUUGUAACUACAGACAUGUAUCGAGUCAAUAUUUAUUGGAAUAUGUAAGACAGAUGGAAGAAAGGUAUGCUGCUAUGGAAAGAGAGUUGAUGAGAACCAAAAUGUUAGUUCCCGCAAUGACGCGCAACACGAUCCCCGUCCAUCGAAUGUCGCAGACGGGUGUAAAUUGGAAGGAAUGCUCACCCGCGAAGAAGUGUGAAUAUUCGUACGGAACUUCGUCCGGAAAUCAGGGGAAAAAUCUUGUUAACACGCGUGAAAUUCGUAAUCAGGAGAGAAUUAACGUUUCAUCGAGAAAGAAAAAUUAUAAUGCAAGAAAGAAUAAAGAUUCGACCAACAGGAUCUUGGACAAUGUAGAUUGGACGAAGCGUCAAAUCCCUUCCCAGCAUUUCCAAGACGAUAUGUAUCCGAUAAAGGAUCCUAGUGAUCACACGUGUGGAUCAAGAACAUUGAACAAUAAUUCAAGUAUGGUGUGUUCGACGCACAACGUUGCUGUUAUCCUUCCACAGGAAUCAACACAUUCGACCAUCGAUCAUUUUAAACAUCUAAUACACUUGCAGACAAACAACGGUAACCAUAAAGCCAUGAACAAGUGCGAUUCCAUUAAAAUGGUUGGCAAUUCCAAGAAAUCCUUGACCCCUUUCAAGACUCAAAAGCCAACGACAUCGACCGACAAAACGUUGAUGGAAGCAUGCCAAAGGUUCGAGAAGAAACACGAACCGGAAACGUCGUAUUUUAUUGACUUCGAUGCUAAACACAAGGAUCAUACGCAGGCCAGUUCCAUGGUAAACACGCCGAAGUUUCAACCAAUAAUGGGGCCAGAGUUUAAUAAGGAUAUUUGCGAGGGAAAGUUUGAAGUUAAGCGUCAAGGACCAAACACAGAUCUGGUGGAGAAAUAUGCGUCUAAAAGAAUGAAAGUUUUCGAAAACACGGACACGCGUCGUAAAGAAAACUCGCGGGUUGAUCAAACGUUCCAAAGUAAUCGCGGUCACUGGAGCAGUCACUCGAAGAAGCUUCCUUACGAAAAACCGCGUUUUGUGAACGACCAGGCGAGAAACUUUACGAGAAACGUCCGUCCACGGAACAGAAUCCCAACUCCACGAAGCAACGUUCACACUGCUUCCACUCCUAUGAUACCUUCUACUUCGAACCCUCUUUUGGAUCCCAACGGAUUAACCAUUCAACUAUUAAAGCUGGCGGUGUUACUUUACGCUCCAGCAUUAAUGCCGGCACUGAAUUUGUUGAUUGCUCGACAAAGUAGCCAGACUUCCAUUCCGAUGCCCUGCUACGAAGCUUCGAACGAUCUCUUAACGCAAGUUUUUCGAAUUCUGAACAGCCAACAACGCAUUCCGAAUUUAUCAUACGCGCCGACCUCUCGAGUCGAUGAAUAUUCAUCGCAAUCCCGAACGGAAACAAAUUUACCGGACACCUCGUCUCUGAAGUCAGAAACACGUUACGAGAACUUCUCGAAUCAGCUUCGUGUCGGCACAACCACAGAAAAUCUAACCAGCGAUCGACACGAACAAAUAUCAAUCGCAAUAAAUACGUCCCUAGAAUCGUGCACCUGUCACAAACUGUCAUCUGUUCAAUGUAGCAAGUGUUCUUUGUGCGAACAGGUAGAAGACAAUCAAGAAGAAAAUCAAGAAGAAAAUCAAGAGGACAAUGAAGAAGAAAUGUUCGCAUGAUCGAAAAACGUAGUUUUGAACUGUCGAGA